UCGCAUCACGCGAGAAUAAUUCAAGUUCGAGAUUUUAAUGACCUUCUGAAAAUAUGGCCUCUCCGCUCUGCAGAGUGGGAUACAACGUGCUAAAAAGGGCUUUCUUGCCUUUAGCGAGGCCUUUGUCAACCACUGCCUGUCGUAGGGAAAAAGAACUGGGUCACUGGAGCAAAAAGGAAAAAAAGAUAGCAGAUACAAUAGGAGUAGAUGAUAGUAUAAAAAUUGUUGAAGGAGCAGAAAAAUUUGACCUUAUUGGUAGUGCUGCAGGGAUUGAUGAUCCAUUUGAACCAGCCAUGAUGGAACAGGCUUUAGAAUUGGGAACAUUUGCUUGUCCAAAUUUAGUCCCAUCUACAGAUGAAUGGCGAAUAGUUGGAUGUUUAUGUGAUGAAGAUGCUGUAGAAAUUAAGUACACAAUUCUUAACAAAGGUGAAAAGAAGCAGUGCGAUUGUGGAAAAUGGUUUCAAUUAGUUCCUGUAGAAUUGCAAGACAUGUGAUGUUGAAUUUUGACUUAGACAUUUAUUUUACAUGCAUUUGAUAUCCAAUUUAAUAAAACAGCAGGAAGACUAUUUUAAUUGAAAUAUGAAAAGAAGUUGAAAAAUUGUAAUAAUUAAAAGAUGGUUGACUAGAAAAAUGUUAUUUGUGUGAGUAAAGAAAUGACUGUGU